AUGUUGGGAUUCCUUUUACUCGUUUUCGCCGUUGUGGUUGUUAAUAAGUACUUCUCUUAUCAGAAUACCCAGUUGAACUCUCAAGGCUCAAAAACAUAUUCAAACUUAUCCCCGUCUCCAAAAAUGGUCCAAGUCAUCAAAUCAGAAUCAGAAUUCUCCACCGCAAUCAAGGCAGACAAGUUGGUUGUCGUUGACUUCUUUGCCGUCUGGUGUGGUCCUUGUAAAAUGAUUGCCCCAAUGCUGGAGAAGUUCUCCCAACAGUAUUCAAACGUUGCCUUCUACAAGGUUGAUGUCGACGAAUUGCCCUCUGUGGCCCAAUCCCAAGAAGUCACCUCAAUGCCUACUCUUCUCUUCUUUAAGUCGGGCGAGUUGGUAGGCAAAGUCAUUGGCGCUAAUCCUGCUGCUAUAAAGCAAACCAUUGACAAGUUGGCUUGA